AUGGUGUCUUCUGGACUUUUGAGCAUCCUGGUGCUAUCCAUCCUUCUAGUGAAUGUCCAAGGACCUAGACUGAAUGACUGGCUCUUUCCCAAGAGAUGCCCCAGAAUCCGAGAGAAAUGUGAAUUCAGAGAAAGAAAUGAAUGUACGAAGGACAGACAUUGUCCGGACAACAAGAAGUGUUGCAUCUUCAGCUGUGGAAAAAAAUGUUUAGACCUCCAACAAGACGUAUGCAAUAUGCCAAAAGAGACUGGUCCCUGCUUGGCUUUUUUUCGCCGUUGGUGGUAUGAUAACAAAAAUGAUACCUGCUACAGCUUCAUCUAUGGUGGCUGCCAAGGAAACAAUAACAACUUCCAGACCAAAGCCCUAUGCCAGAACACAUGCCCCAAAAAACGGCUUUGUCCCAGAAACAAAGCAAAGUGUGAUUUCCAAGAAAGGAACCAAUGUACGAGGAACAGACAUUGCCCAGAGAAGACGAAGUGUUGUGAGUUUAACUGUGGAAAGAAAUGUUUAGACCUCAAACAAGACGUAUGCAGUUUGCCAAAGGAAGUUGGCCCCUGCCUGGCCUACUUUCGACGCUGGUGGUAUAAUAAGGAAACUAAGACGUGCUCCAGAUUCAUCUAUGGAGGUUGCCAAGGGAACAGUAACAACUUCCAAUCUGAAUCAGUCUGCAAGAGCAUCUGCUCCCAAAAAUAGUCGUCAACUUUUGGGGUAAGAUAACCUGAGUUGGAACAACCCCCAGGAUUUGAUGCAUAACUCAAGGCUCUCUCCACAUGUGUCUGACUGAUGCUCCAUAUUCGUUGCCACUUGUCAAAUCUCAGCUGCCAAGACCUUGGCUGUUCCAAACACCAAA